GUACAAUACUUCGACGUGUGAAGCUAAGGCCUCCAACUCACCGUUGCUCAUCUCGUUUCCCAAAUGAUAUAACUGCAAACCCUCCCAACUGCUUGCCGGCUUCCGAUUCAACAUCGUAACCGUCCUCUUCAGCCGAUCUACGGUCAUUUCCUUGUAGAUUCCAUUUAGAACUUGCUCACCAGUCCCAUCUACCCCCAAAAUGUGGAUGUCACUGAUCGUUGCGCUCUCCAUCUUGCUCUCUUCGUUCCUCUUGAUUGACAAUCUCAAGGAAUGCAAGAGUAGGACUGGAUUUAGUAUUGUGACCCUGGGGAACGAAAAAGUGCCACGAGGCUCAGGACGCCUAUGCUCGCAAAAAGUCCGUGACUACCCAAGGCUCGCGGCGGAUUGCCCAAAUGAGGCUGUCCAUCCUUGGAGUCAACCUAGCCUUGAUAGAGUGAACGGGAGAAACCCAAAACAUUGGUGCAUGUCUCAUCACAUCUUGAAACUGCUGCACAAAGCCGUGGCUAGAUAUUGUUGGUUGAAAGUGGUGGGGGUGCGCGAGGCUGGACAUAGUGGCGUCAAAUGAUCCAAAGGCGGAUUGGAAGUCUGCCUUGCCUUCCUCUUGACCCGAA